CUUUCCCAUUCUCUGCUCUCCGUUUUGCCGUAUACAAUAAUUCCAUAAAAACGAAUCCAAAUCGGCCAGCUGCAGCUAUAAAAGCAGACAGGUAUGGGGAAAGGUUGCCCAGAACAACAACCCCGCAUCGCAAACACAACCCACAACAACAAUGAGUUCCCAAUCUGGUCCCAGCAGCAAGCUCCCGCUCUUAGAUUUCUCUACGCCAGAAUCAACAAAAACUGGCAGUUCAGAGUGGGAAUCCCUGAAACCACAAGUCCGCAAGGCGCUGGAAGAGUACGGCUGCUUCGAGGCCUGCUUCGACAACAUUCCUUCGGACCUUCUCGGCGCUGUUUAUCGGUCGACGGAAGAGAUUUUCGAGCUGCCUUUGGCGUCCAAACAGCAGAAUGUGUCAGAGAAGCCCUACCACGGUUACGUAGGCCACAUUGCUCAAGUCCCGCUGUACGAGAGCUUGGGGAUAGAUGGAGUCACGGUGGGUGAAAGGGUUGAAGCUUUGGCCAACACGAUGUGGCCUCAAGGGAACCCAACUUUCAGCAAAACUAUCGAGUCUUACGCGGAGAAACUUUCAGAAUUGGACAAGACCGUAAGGAAGAUGAUUGCUGAAAGCUUUGGGCUUGAGAAAUAUAUCGAUGACCACAUCAACUCCACAAGUUACCUACUGCGACUAUCAAAAUACAACGGUCUGAACACCCCUGGUUCCGAACUUGGUCUUGCCCCACACACAGACAAGAAUUGGAUGACCAUAUUGCAUCAGGACCAAGUUGAGGGGCUGGAACUGCAAACCAAAGAUGGCAGCUGGAUUAAAUUCCAGUCCUCUACUCCAAACUCUUUCAUUGUCAUGAUUUCUGAAUCUCUUGGUGUAAGUAUACCUCCGUUGCUAUCCAAUUUGCAACCUACAUUUCUCUCUACAAAUUCGUAUGUGGUUUUGCAGGCGUGGUUGAAUGGUCGACUUGGUGCAACGUGUCAUCGAGUUAUGAUGUACGGAAAUGAGGCCAGAUAUUCUUUGGGUUUAUUCUCAUUCCCAAAACAUGGCUUCGUUAUAGAAGUCCCGGAUCAAAUGGUGGACGAAGAACACCCCUUGCAGUUCAAGCCCUUUUAUUAUGAAGAGUUUCUUUCCUUCUUCUACACUAAAACUGGCCAAGCAGCACCUUGUGCUUUGCGUGCAUUUUGUGGAGUGUAAAAAGUUGCGAUAUCAAACCUAAUCCGAGAUAAUCGGGUAGGGUAAACUUCGACUCUGAAGGUUUUCAGUGCGAGCGUAUGAAAUAAAUAUGAAUUUGAAUAUUGCAGGCAAUGAGUGGGCAUGAUUUCCACACUAUUCAACUCGAACUCGUCCGAGUAUACGCAUGAAUAUAUUUGUAUUUUUUUCUAGGAAUUAAUCAUUAUUCUUCUCGACAUAUUUGAUAUUUACUAUACAUGUAUAAUAUUUCCAUGAAA